CUUUCUCUAUUCUCUCUGUCACUCUCUCUCUUCCGCUCUCUCUCUUUGUAAUAGUCUACAUUCACCUCUGCUACCUGUGGUCUCACUAUGAGUGGUAAUCUGUGGACGGAGGAGCAGUUCAACUGUCCUGUGUGCCUGGACCUCCCCAAUGAGCCAGUCACCAUCCCGUGUGGCCACAGCUACUGCAUGGGCUGCAUCAAGGACUACUGGAGCAAGGACAACCCUCGCUCCCCUGGAGUCUACAGCUGCCCCCAGUGCCGCCAGACAUUCUGUCCCAAGCCCUCCUUGUCCAGGAACACCAUGCUGGCAGAGGCCGUGGAGCAGCUCCGCAAGGGGGCCCUCACCACCUCCGCCAGGGAGUCCAUCCGGAGCGCCCACCGUGCCAACACCAAGGGUAGAGCCAAGGGAGGUUCCCGUGGUGGUGGUGUCAGCAGGCUGCCAGCCAUGGCCGUGCCCUGUGACAUGUGCCACGGCGCUGGAGACCAGCAGGCUGCAGUGAAGUCUUGCCUGGUGUGUAUGGCGUCCUACUGCGAGGCCCACCUGAAACCGCAUCAGACGAAAGCGGAGUUGAAAAAGCACGAGCUGAUUGCGCCCACGGGCAAGCUGGCGCAGAAGAUCUGUACCGAGCACAAGUACCUGCAGGAGUUCUACUGUCGUCAGUGCCAGACGUUUGUGUGCUGGCUGUGCACCAGUAACCAGCACAAGGACCAUGAGACCACCUCCACCAAGGCAGAGCGCACGGAGAGACAGAAAGAGCUGGCUGAGAUACAGACAGAGAAUCAUCAGAGACUGAAAGAAAGAGAAGGAGAGCUGAAAGACAUGAAGAAGAUGCUGGAGGCAACAAAGCGCUCAGCAGACAGGGUACAUGAUGACACAGAGACGGUGCUGUCGGAGCUCCAGCGCUCAGUGGAGAGGCUCCAGGAGCUGGUGGAGGGUGUGAUGAAUCAGGCUGGGCAGGAGAAAGUAAGCGAGGCCCAGGACGUGGUGGACAAGCUGGAGGCCGAGAUCUCGGAGCUGAAGAGGAGAGACAAGGACAUGAAGGAGGUGUUCCGCUGUGAGGACAACAUCCACUUCCUGGAGACCUGUGAGUCUCUGUGCAGCCCGUUUGAGUGUAAUGAUCUGUGGUGUGUGGUGGCCAAUCCAGAGGCUACGUUUGAGCCUGUACGUGAAGCCAUCCUGAACCUACGGGAGAGAGUGGAGGACAUGUGCAACGUGGAACUGGGCAAGAUCACCAAGACAGUGAAUGACACAACACUGUUCACCUUAGGAGACAAAGCAAAAACAAAUGGCGGCCAGAAGACGGGAGGGUUCAGGAGUUUGUUUUCUGGUCUGGGAUCCAAAGCAACAAUAAACAACAACCGUCCUGCAGCUCCCACACCGACUGUCUCCGUGGCGGUUCGAGGUCCUAACUCACGUGGUGUAGGCCUGCGCUCUCAGGAUGUUAGGAGCAGAGAUGAACCACGAGCUGACAGAGACAGGCCGAGGCAAACCGAACCGUAUGUGGACGCCUCUAGUCCUAUCAAGCCAUGCUCACCCAGUAAUACCUCUCGUCUCUCCACAGCCAGAGAGGCAGCCCCCAGACCAAGCACCAGAUCUAGUCCCACUCAGAGUCGGAGAAAGCCAGCCAGAAAUAGCCAUACCCAAAGUCGAAGAGAGACGCGCAGACGCAGUCCCAGUCCCACUCCAAGUCGUAGAGAGCCAGCCAGUCCCAGUCCCACUCCAAGUCGUAGAGAGUCAGCCAGACCCAGCCCUACGCCCAGCCGGAGAGAGACACCCAGACCAGAACCCACCACCACCCCUACACCCAGUGCUGUUACCCAAGCCACCCCUACCCCCGGUGCUGUUACCCAAGCCACCCCAGCCUCAGGAGCUUUCAGCCGGAUGGGAUCAAUAGCAAGUCUCUUCCGCUCCCAUCGACGUGCCACUCCGGCACCUGGGCCAGUCAGCAACAACACUGGUGGCGUUAACCCAUGGGGGAUGGGUGCACUGACUGAAUCCCAACCGGAAGUAAAUACUAGCCUUUUCCUGGAUCCGCCGACCCCUGACCCCAUCAUGAAUCAGAUGCCAGCUUUCCCUGCAUUGAGGGAGAUAGACAUCUCCAGCAUCCAGGCCCCAGAGCCCAGGAGCAGAGAGGAGUUCCUGCAGUAUGCCUGUACCCUGACCCUAGACACGAGGACAGCCCACCGGCGUCUGACCCUGUCGGAGAGCAACACCAAGGCCACCCUACAGGGGGCAGGGCAGCCCUACCCAGACUGCCCCCAACGCUCGACGGCUGGACCCAGGUGCUGUGCCAGGCCCCCUUUCCGCCCAGCGAUGUUACUGGGAGGUGGAUUGGCGGGGAAGGGGUCAUCAAUGGGCGUGGCUUAUGGAGCCCUGAGCAGGAAGGGGGCGGACGCCAGGGCGGGGCUUGGCUACAACGCCCAAUCAUGGAGCCUGGAGCUGUCGGAUACGUGUUGCACGGCAAUGCAUGACAAUGAGAAGAGGGACAUCCCGGUGACAUACUCACCGCGUCUGGGGUUGUUCCUGGACCUCAACGCGGGCACCCUGGCGUUCUAUAGCGUGGCAGAGAGCAUGGCGCACCUGCACACGUUCCGUGCCAACUUUACACAGCCACUGUAUGCGGCCUUCGGGGUGGGAAGUGGGGUUGGUGUUGGACUGGACUUCGCUCUGGGUCAGUUCAGCCAGUCAUCCGACAGCAUCAAGAUCUGCCCCAUGUGA